AUGCCAUUUGCUCCAUUUGUGGGAGUAAACCAUCAUGGACAAUCCAUCCUACUUGGUUGUGGAUUACUUUCAUCAGAGGACACUACCUCAUUUGUCUGGUUAUUCCAGACUUGGUUAAGAUGUAUGUCCAACAAGGCACCAGACAGUAUAGUCACAGACCAGUGUAGAGCAAUGGCUAAUGCAAUUAAAGAAGUAUUUCCCAAAACAAAACAUAGGUGGUGUUUGUGGCAUAUAAUGAAAAAGAUACCUGAAAAAUUGCAAGGGUAUAAAAAUUAUCUUGCCAUCAAGAACGACAUGAAAGUGCUUGUAUAUGACUGUUGUUCCAUAGUUGACUUCGAAAUAGGUUGGAAAGAAGUACUCAAAAAGCACAACUUAGAAAACAAUGAAUGGUUAGGAAAUUUGUACGAUGAGAGACACAUGUGGGUGCCUUGCUACUUGAAAAAUCAUUUUUGGGCGGGUAUGUCCACAACUCAAAGAAGUGAGGGAAUGAAUGCCUUUUUUGAUGGCUUCAUCAAUUCAAGUACGACACUUCAACAAUUUGUGGUUCAGUAUGAUAAUGCUCUUAAAUUCAAAGCCCAAAAAGAAAUUGAAGCGGACUUCUCUUCCCUGAAUACAACUGUUGCCUGCGGGUCUCAAUCACCUANUGAAAGACAAUUUCAAGUGGAGUACACACACGCAAAAUUUGAGGAAGUACAAAAUGAGUUUCGAUCCAGGAUGAAUUGUUUCAUCAAAGACACGGUCAAGGACUGUAUUUCUAACAAGUACACNAUCAAAGAAGAGUGCAUGUGGGAUGGAAAAUGUUCCGCCAAAUAUUACGAUGUUGAAUUUGAUCCCCUGACAAAGGAUACAACCUGCUCUUGUCUACUAUUUGAGUUUAGAGGUAUCCUUUGUAGGCAUUGUCUACUGGUUCUUGGUCAGGAAGAUGUGCAAAAUGUCCCCUCCAAAUACGUGCUUCCUCGUUGGAGUAAAAAUAUCAGAAGAAAGCACACAUUAAUUAGGGCAGGUUACAGUUCUUUGCAUCAGGAACCCAAAAUGCAGAGAUACCAAACGUUGUGUAAGNNGUUCUAUGACAUAGCUGAGGCUGUUUGUGAAUCUCAAUCAGCGUCUAAUGAAUUGGAAAAAGAAUUGAAUUCUCUUCGUAAAAAGUUUGGAGUCAAUACACAAUUACGAAAUAACAUAGUAAGUGAGGAAGGACAACUGAGGUAUGAAAAUCCACUCACUGGUACUCCAUCGAACACCGCAUGUGGAAGUAGUGAUGUAGUUGUUCGCAGUCCAAAAACGGUGAAGCGUAAAGGCCUCAACUAA